UCAAUUCGUGGCUGGUCCACUUCACGGCAAUGGCUCUGCCGGACGAAGUCUUCAAACAAAGGCUUUACGAAUUGGCAAAGGAAAACGAACCUAAGCCUGCAGAGGCUGAGAAAGUGGAACCGGUCACCAGCGGCGAUGCGGCGCUUGAGGGCAUGCUGAACGACCUGCUGGCCGCCCUGCGGAAAGAACAGCUAAAAGAUCCACUGACGGAAGAGCAGGUGACCAGAACCAACGAAGCUGCAGAGGCUGCUGUAAAAAGCAAGGCGCUUGCUGAGAGCCAGGGCUAUGCCAGCGACACAAUCAAGGCCGAGGCUGCCGAGGGUGAUGCACCGGGACCCUCCGCUGGUCUCCUGGCAGCACUGCGCAUGGCUGGCGACAUGAUGAAAGGUCCAGGCGAUGCUGAGCAGACCGCGCAAAAGUAGGGCUGGAGGCAUGAGAUGCAUGAGAUGAAUUCAGAGUUGAGAUGCCAAUGUGGAAAACAGACUGGCGGACUGGGGCUGGCCAAAUGUGGAUGGAUCAAGCCCUUGAUGAAUCGAACAUUGAGCGGAUCUUUUG